AUGGGAGUGAGGGGACUCUUCUCAUACAUUCGAAAAGAACAGGGCAAUUUUCGCCCCAUCCAGUUGAGAAAUUCAUUUAUAAUUCUGGAUGGCUAUAACAUAAUAUCCAAGUUAUAUUUGCAUCCGUCUCUCUACACCCAGUAUAACGGCGAAUAUUUUGCGUUCGACAUUAUUGUAGAAGAAUUUUUACUAAAUCUAAAGAAGUGUAAUCUUGAACCUAUAUUUAUCUUUGAUGGCCUGCAUGAGUUUUCCAAAUUAGAUACUGUCUUAAAACGAAACACGGAUCGAAUUAUCACUUUGUCGCAUCUUCAAGAAAAUUCAACACGUGGACCACCUCGAGAUGGGACUUCAGCGGAUUUCCGAGUGUCUAUUGAUCCAACCCUCAUUAAUAAGACAUUUUUCCGAACUCUAGAACGACUUGGCGCCCGCUACGUUGUUGUCGAUUUUGAGGCAGAUCAGUUAGCCGCUGCUAUGGCAAUGCAUCUUGGUGUUCCCCUUAUAUCUAAUGACUCCGACUAUUUUAUCCUUGGUCCUUAUUGGGCUAACAAGGGCUGUGAAUUGAUUUACGUCCCUACAGAAUCUUGUGAUUUUUUUACUACCCAUGAGUCUAAUGAGGGUUUCUACAUUUCUGCUGAGCAGUAUACAGCAACUGAGAGUAUUACCUUCCGUAACCUUUCUCCAAUUCAAAUUCCACUAUUCGCUGUUCUCAAUGGGAAUGAUUAUGUUCCUCCAUAUUACUUUCAUGCUUAUCUUCCUGGAGGAACGCAGCAGCAGCCUUAUGCAACAUCGAAUAAUGCUGCAAGAACUGCCUCACGAUUUCGACGUCUAAUUGAAUGGCUCUCAGGAUUUGGGAAUGAUAUCGUUGGUCCUGUGGAUCGGAUCCUCUCCAAAUUUCCAAAAUCUGAAAGAUCUAAAGCCUUUAAUUUUAUAUGUGCUGGUCUUGCCUCUUAUCAUGUUCCCUUUGAGGAUCUUCCACCUUAUAUGACUUUCAUUUUUGGCGAUGAUGUUCCUCCUUCAAAGUUGGCUCAAUCCUCUCCUAUCCUAAUCAACCUUUCAGAUAAAUCCUAUGGAGUAAAAGCUCUACAUGUUUUAGCUGUGGGGGAACCGAGUCCACGGUACCUUUCUGUUUGGCCUCCACGUCUGUUAAGGGCUUUCCGCAAUGGGCAUGUCCCAACUUCGUCGUGUGAUGCCCUUUUUGCCUUUGGAAUUGUCCUUAGAGGUGUCGUGGAGGAUUAUCAGUCUAGGGAGCCCUUUAAUUUGUGCAGUCUUCCUCUUCGACGAAUCUUGGUGGGUCUGCUUGUUGAUACCUAUCCUUCGAACACCUUCCGUCUUCCGGGGAUCUUCAAGAACAAUGGAAAUCUUUCCUAUAAAGAGUACCGUCGGGAGGGAUGCACUGUCAUGAUCCACAAAAUUGUGAACUUUGAUCAGAUUUCCCUC